CCUGCUAACCUACCAAGCCCUGUUCGGUGUGUAGCAGAGAAGUCGUGGUAUAAAAACCGUAUAGCAAGAUAAACCGUCUUGUAGUUCUCAUCUGAAUUUUCACCACGCUACCGUCAUCACUGCCAUUGUUGGAAAUUUGGGGGACAUCCAAUAUUAACGUGUAUUAUUUUGCCCUUAGGAAGUGUCGAAUUAAUCAUAUUGUUAAGUUCGCGAGACCCGCCCCGAUUAUUAGUGAAGUGGAUCGGAAAGUGACCUCCACAAGAACGUGGGAAAAACUGGACAGAUUGGAAACAUAAACUUUAAAGUGUAUUCAUUUAAGAUCGCGUGUUUGCGGAACUCGCAAGUGCAGCAGUAUCAAUCGUCACUGAUUACCUCACAAGGAUAUUCGAAAGCCUACAGUGCAUCGACUAUAAAAUGAGUUUCUUCCUCCUGGUGGUUACGACUCUGCUGGCAGCAUGUCGAGCGGACAUUCCAUUGUUGGAAUUUGGGUUGGACAGUAAUGGACAAAACGCACCUAAUUAUUUAAAACAAAGUGAACCGCAAAACGUGUUUGAUGGAUACUCGAGAAAUAAACCAAUCGUUCCGUUUCCAUCGCCAUCUGAGCGAUGCGUUGGGGGACCAGAUGUAUGUGGUUAUAAAUAUGAUAAGCCUGCAUGCCCUUGGGAACCAGCACAAACCGUAGAGGUAACACGAUAUUCCACACAAGUACAGCAGAUAACGCAAACCGUCUCAUUCUGUGGAGCAACGAAUUCCUACCUGCCUCCAGAAACAACAGCUACAGCCUAUUUGCCUCCAAAUACCGUUACCAUUACUUCACGGGGAAUACCGAUCACAUCGUAUCGUACAAUAACACCAACGACAACUAUUGUCUCCAGUCAAACUCCAUUCAUUACAAUUACUCGCUCCAUCACUCCAACCUACACGAGUCUUAUCACUGCCAACAGUGUUUCUAUUACCAGAACAAUCACCCCAACAUCAACGUUCCUAAGUUACGAGCCGUCCGUUUCCAUAACAAGAACCAUCACACCUACCUUUACCAAUCUGAUAUAUGCUGAUUCCGAGACGAUAACUCGAACCGUCACUCCGACCUCAACCAAUGUCUACUAUGAACCCUCCGUAACCGUUAAUCGUACGGUGACUCCAACCUACACCAAUGUGUUCUACGCCGCUUCGGAAACUGUCAACAGAACGUUUGUCCCAACCAGUACAAACGUUUUUUACGAGAGAGCUCUAACAGUGAACCGAACAGUAACUCCGACCUCUACGAAUCUUUUCUACGCCUCUUCCGUUUAUGUCAACCGUACCGUAACGCCAACUUCGACACGACUCACCUAUCUGGAUUCGGUCACUGUCAACAGAACAGUAACACCAACUUUCACUUAUGUGCACACGUGGUCUUCUACCAAUACUCAAACCAGAACGAUUACGCCCACAUAUGUUGUGCAAAAAACGGCUGAGGAACGAACCGUUACAAGGACCAUCACCCCAACAUAUGUCGUUCAGACUUCUGUCCCGACGACCACCGUCACUCGCACCCUAACACCCACCUACGUUAUCACUACUACAGCUGCAUCCACCAACACCCUCUAUCGAACAUUCACACCGCAGGCAACAAGAACCACUACCGUAACGGCUCCGGUGCAGACUAUAACCUUGCGCGACAGCAGGACUGUAACUGUAACGCCAACUCGCACCAUUAUUCCGACCGUUUACUCCACCGUCACGAAGCAGGCGGUCUGCACACCGGCUAACACCUAUCUACCGGAUAUAGGUGCGUCCGUUUCGAUUCGCACGCAAACCGUCACCCAGAGACUCACGGAAACGGUCAUCUCAUGCACUCCAACAAAUGCUUAUCUGCCAGCAACAGCGGGAUACUACAAACGGUCGCCUCUUUCUUCCAAUAUUCUCCCGCCGGAAUAUAAUCUCGUCUAAGCUGGAACGUGACCACGGCUGCAAGACCUGUAAUUAUUUGGGGUGAGAACCCAUGAAUUUACCGAAAACUAAAACUUUGACCGAAAGUUGGUGACCAUCCAGUUGAUAAUGAAUUUCUUUUUAAGGUUUUCAAAUGUACACAAAAUACUCAACAUUUUGCCGUUUAUACAAAGUUUAACGCUGUGUUAGCAUUAAAUCGUAAUAGAUACGAUAGUCGUUGUAGAGUAAGUAAUUAGGAAUCGCAGAGAAGAAUUUACUUGCCCACACAAUAGAAAACGUAUAAAAAAACUUCAGCAGCAAAUUGAUGAUCGAUACCAGAGCGUACGUAGUUUUUAGUUUCAAGAUGUUUAUCAUGUGAAAAUUCUCCUUUCAUGUAACAGACGUGUUCAAAUACCGGAAUUCGAAAAAGAAUUCAAAGUUGUGUAUAAUUGCAA